UUCUGAUCGUCCUCUGGCCGCUGGGUUUCUGGGCGCUUCAGUGUGCUAGAGUGAGGGCGGUACUCGUCGCAGCACCCCGGGUAGAGACCGAGCCCUCGUUCUGUCUGUCCAGACUCCGGCCCUUGGCCCGAGCCCCGCUCCGCUCCCUCCGGCUCCCCCAGUGCACUCGAUGGCGAUCAUGGCCGCCGAGGAGGUGGCGCCCGGCGAGGUGGAGGGUGAGGCGGGCGGCCUCCUGCAAGAAAUCUUCACGUCUCCGCUCAACCUGCUGCUGCUCGGCCUCUGCUUCUUCCUGCUCUACAAGAUCGUGCGUGGUGAGCAGCCCCCGACCGCUGGCCCCGGGGACGGCGACGAGCCGCCCGCGCUGCCCCGCCUCAAGCGGCGAGACUUCACCCUGGCUCAGCUGCGCCGCUUCGACGGCACCCAGGACCCGCGCAUCCUGAUGGCCAUCAACGGCAAGGUCUUCGACGUGACCAAGGGCAGGAAGUUCUACGGGCCGGAGGGACCAUAUGGAGUUUUUGCUGGAAGAGAUGCUUCCCGGGGCCUGGCCACUUUCUGCUUGGAUAAGGAAGCUUUGAAAGAUGAGUACGAUGACCUAUCAGAUCUCAAUGCUACUCAGCAGGAGACCUUGAAAGACUGGGAAUCGCAGUUCACCUUCAAGUAUCACUACGUGGGCAAGCUGCUGAAGGAAGGGGAGGAACCCACCGUGUACUCGGAUGAUGAAGGUCCCAAGGAUGCCAGGGAGCGAAAGAAUGACUAAAGGCUACGUUGAUGAGAUCUAUUUUUGUAUGUCCCAGUACCAUUUGUAAUAUCCACUUGUCUCGCUCUAGUCAGCCGUAACUCCAGCCUUAGAAAAGCUUUGGACAUGCUGUUAAUUGUUUUUUAAUCAUAUGGAAUUCACUAGUUAUCUUGAUCACUAUAGCUCCCCGUCUUAGACAAUGCAUGAUGAACUAGAGAACCCCAAAGUAGAGCACUUACUGAAAAUGGUAAUCCUGUUGUAUAGUUGUUGUUGUUAUUAUUGUUGUUGUUGUUGUUGAAAUUCGUAGCAUAGUAUAGACUGAAGUAAAGAGCUUCUUAUUGCCAGGUGAGAAUUUGCUCUUGAGGAGAGGUUGAUACCAAAGCAAUUAGAAGGAUCCUGUGUGAAACAACUCUCAUAUACCUACCAGUAAGAGCCCCUUUCAGGCAUGAUUUUGAGGACAACAAAUAUUCAAUUUUCCAAUUAGACAGACUGCACGAUUUCGGUUUUCUCUACCUCCAAAGCCAAUCUGCAGUGUUACAAAGGCUUUAAUAUUGCUCAGAGGUGGCCGUCUAGGACCAAAACGAAGCUUCAAAGCUUGGCUCCCCUUUCACUUUGUCCCUCAGAGUGAAAGAGAAUCCAUGUGAAAUGUUGUUAAUUAACUCUUAGUGGGGAGCAGGGAUUACUACUUAAGCUUCCUGUUCCUCUCCCUUUAUUGGACCAUUUUAAAGAAUUCUUAAGAACAGAUCUUAACAUUCACGUGACUAGCAGAAGAGAAUGGGACAAGUCCCUUCAUUAGUAACAAGUUCAUUUUGAAACAGCUUGUUAGUGGCUUUCCAGACUCUCGAAGGCAAACAGCUAACAAAGUUCCCACUCAUGAAUACCCAACAAGAUGACAGUAAUGGUUUCCUAAGCCCCAUUGCCACAGCCAAUGUUCUCAGUCGACUUCUUUCUCAGCCUGGGGAAAAAAAAGAGUACUCCAAAUAGAAAGGCGAAACCUGAACUGCCUCCUCUUUUGAACAGAGCAAGAAAAAUUGCUUUCUCUGUGGUUUAAGAAAAAAACUUAUUAUUUUUAAGAUUGGUCCCUCAUUAUUGGUCACACCAUUUACAUAUUGGUCACUCAUUACAUAAUUAGGCAUGGUCACUCAGAAAACUCAUUUUCAGAUUUUGACUAUUCAUUCUGUCUCCAAAGCACUCACUUCACUAGUCUCAGGAAGAAAAAUCAUUGAGCCCAAUCCCUGAAUCCACAGAGGUUAAGAAAAUUGAUGAGGAGAAUGCAAGGGAGGGGCGGAUAGGGAGCUUUAAAACAAAAUCCAGAUUAUGUUUUCUUUCAUGUAGCGGUAAAGAAAAGCUUUAGUUUGGAGCUCCACUGAAUGUUGAACUGAAGGCAAUUAGAGGGAUAGUACACAGACCCUGAGCACCUAAAAAUCCCAUGAGUCUUUGAAAAUAAAUGGUUUCUGUUUUCACAUAAUAAGAGUAUGUGCCCAGCACGUGGUAGCUGUGUAACCCUGGAUUAGUCACUCACCCUCUCAAUGCCUCAGGCAACUCUAGGGCUACAAAUUAUAGAGAAGGUGCAGAUCUGCAUUGAUGAAGGGGGUUUCCUUAUCCAGGAAGUUCUCUGCACCAAAGAAAUCACAGAUCCCGUUUUUUGAUGUUUUUACUCAAUGAGUCCUUUUCUAAACACAAUACCACAAUUCUAAAAGCAGAAAGUAAGCCCAAGUAUCCCAGCAUAUGCUCCUGGAGUCUCCCCUACCCCUCUCCACAGAAUGCUGGAUAGUUUGUAGAGUUAAGAGUUUCACAAUAUCUGCCCAGGGUGGUGAAUUGUCCUAAAAUGCUGUCAUCUUCUAGGGACUGGUGUGCAUCUCAUCAGAACCAUGCUAGUGCCUCGGUGUCCAAUGGAGACCUCCCUCCGUGCAUUAACCUUUUUCUCUUUAGUUUAUUACCUAUAUUCAUAAACUACUAUCCCUCUUAGGUGUCAGAAACAUAAGGAUUGGAUUGUCAUAGCAACUGUCAUUUUAGAAACCAUUCUGUCUGACCAGCAACUUAACACUUUCUUAUAGUAUCUGCAGAGUGAAUGAAUUUGAUGUUUAUGGGGAAAAAUCAUACCAUUUCUUUCACAGUGCCUUUUGGUCAAGGGUACCCUUAGACUGGAUAUUGGGAGUUUGCUUCAUGCUGUCAUACUGAGUCCCAGAAACGUAAAAUUAUCUUACCCAAGGUCUCCCCAGUGAGUGAGGCAGAGCUGGGACUCCAGCCCCCCCCCCCCCCCCCAGUCUUUCCCCAACCACCUGUUCUUUCCUCUGCAGGUAGUAGAGACAUGCCUUUCUAUUCAUUACCCGUGAGUAAGAGCACAUACUACUAACCAUGAUUUUAAAAUAUACUCUUUCUAAGGUAGUCAUAGUUCUUUUAUCACAGAAAAAGUACAGCCACUGGGGAAAAAAAAAUGAGAAAAAUGCCUAGAACCAGGUGUGAGGAAAAAAGAAAGCACUGGGAAGGAGAGGCCUUUUGGUGAACACAACACCUUACUGACAGGCAAGCCAGCCUGCCAUGGUGGAGGGAAUUUGCUCUUGGGGAGUUCCCGAUACCCAUGAACUCACAGGUCUGGACCAAAAGCAAACCACACACACCUGAGGACAGUUUUGGGAAGGGGCACUUGUCAAAGCAUUGCAUGAGCAGCUUCAAACGAUUGAUUAACCAAGUUGGGUUUUUCUUAAAGCCAUUUUAUUUUGUCAACAAUUUGUAAUGGUUUUACCUCAAAUCAGAAGAAGAAUGAAGUGCUUUUGUCAUCUAAUUAAUAAAAUGGUUUGAUGUGGUACUACAGCUCUUCA